UCAGUUUUGGAGAGACGUACCACCAGCCGGGCACGAGUUUUGGGUGGCUUUGUGCGAGCUGGCUAAGUUUGUAAAGGAAUAUUUCGCGAUGGAAGAUUGUGCGAUGACCACUGUUAGAGCGCAGGCUCCACUUGUACGAGGUUAUAUGGCAAUGCUUCCAAAAGCUCUUGUCUCUCUUAUGCAAGAAGCUAGAUGCCGGGAUAAGGAAUUCUGGCCAGAUGACUACAAGCUGGUUGACAUUGCAAAACGGAUGUGUGACAAAUAUGAUGCAAUGAUCCCCCCUGAAAUUGCUGUUCAGCCAAAACAUGUGGAGGAGGAAGACUUCACAGCAAAAGAGUACCCCUACAGAGCUUGUAAGAUACUUCGAGGUUUUCUGGGGGAGAGGACGAUCCAGCUACAUGUUCCACAACCGGAAACGGCUUUUUACGACGACAAGUACCGCACGACUACACCUCUAGAAGAUUUCUCAGGUGUCCGGAAUGAAGUACCGGUUGCUCUUAAGCUUGAUGACGAGAAUCUGGAAGCCUUGGAGGAUCUCCUUAGUUAUACAAUAUGGAGUUUCAGGGAGGGUCUUCCAAUUUUGGUUCCACAUCUUCACGCACUUUGAGCAAUGAAAUUGAAGCAUUGACCUCGAGGCGUUAGCAUCUUGGGAAAACAAGCCGUGGAAAAAAAAUCACAUUUUAGAAGAGGGGCAGGUUAACUGCGGGAACGAUAGUUCACACCAGUUGGAAUUAAGUAUCAUAUAUAUGGUACGAACAUCACUGGCCUCUGGAGGUUUGGAUCAAUUGUUUCUCUUAGUGGAAGCUACUAGUGAUGCUAACCGGCCAUCUACUGUAAGUGAUGGUUUCUUUUGGUUUGCUUCUUUGUUUCUCCAGGCCCUUGCAAGCGUGAGUAAUGGUUUCUUUCUCCAUCACUGUUGGAAGCGUGAGAUGGCUCUCAAUUUGGUGUCACUCAUUGUUGACAGCCCCAAAGACCAGCGAAACUGUAACGGACCUCUUAAUAAGCAGUGCUAUCAUCCUCCAGGAGGGAGAUGGCAGCGGUGGUGCCAUGGAUCUCAAAUUGUUGUUCUGAGCUUCCUAAAGUUCUAAAUAAAAGCUUCCAGCGGGAAGGCUGCUCAAGACCUCAA